GGUUGCAGCCUGGCGCCUGUGCGCAUGCGUAGUGGCGAGCGCGAGGCCGGAUGAGGGAAAAGUAACGGCGGUUGGGCAGAGAGAGGGGCUUCCGAUGUGGUAACGGUGCGGGGGAAGGGCCGCUUCAUGGGCCUGAGGCUUCGGCCCGCGCCCUCUCUGGUGCUCCUCUGGCUGCUCGUGCCGCUUUGCGUCCCUCUGAGGGAGGCAGCGGCCUCUUCGGAUGGAGCCGAGCAGCCCGGACGCGGCUUCGGUGGCGUGGCAGCCGCCGCUCUCCCGCUGGUCGCAGACGUGACUGUGGAGGACGAUGAGGCCAGCAGCGUGGCCCAGGCCCCCUCGCCCUUGGAGGGGGAGGACGAGGAGGAAGGGUCAGCAGCCCGGGGCGGAGGCAGCAGAUCCUUAAUAAUUAUAAGUACUUUGGAUGGACGGAUUGCUGCUCUAGAUCCAGAAAAUGGUGGCAGAAAACAGUGGGACCUAGAUGUGGGAUCUGGUUCUCUUGUCUCAUCUAGUCUCAGUAAACCAGAGGUAUUUGGGAAUAAAAUGAUAAUUCCUUCUUUGGAUGGAGACCUUUUCCAGUGGGAUCGUGAUAGAGGAAGCAUGGAAGCUGUUCCUUUCACUAUCGAAUCUCUUCUUGAAUCAUCCUAUAGAUUUGGUGAUGAUGUUGUUCUGGUUGGAGGGAAAUCUUUAACAACUUAUGGACUGAGUUCACGUUCGGGAAAGGUGAAGUACAUUUGCUCAGCCAUGGGCUGUCAUCGCUGGGAUGAGGAUGAGAUAGAACAGGAAGAUAUUCUUCUUCUUCAUCGGACCCAGAAAACAGUUCGUGCUGUUGGGCCUCGCAACGGCAAUGAAAAGUGGAAUUUUAGUGUUGGUCACUUUGAGCUGCGCUAUGUUCCAGACACUGAAACAAGAACGGGAUUUAUUGAAGGCCAUAUAAAACCAAAUCUAAACAAAGAUGAUUCAAAAGUAAUUUCGGACAUGGAAGAACAGCAGGAGGCUAUAAUGAAGGAUACAGUGAUAAAGGUCUCAGUAGCUGAUUGGAAGGUUAUGGCAUUUAAUAAGCAAGGAGGACAUCUGGAAUGGGAAUAUCAGUUUUGCAAUCCAGUUGCUUCUGCCUGGCUUGUUAAAGAUGGCAAGGUGAUUCCAAUCAGUCUCUUUGAUGAUACAAGCUAUGCUGCUGGCAAUGAUGUCUUAGAAGAUGAUGAAGAUCUUAUGGAAGCUGCUAGAGGAGCUACGGAGUCCAGUGUCUAUUUAGGUAUGUUCGGAGGUCAACUGUACCUUCAGUCUUCAGUCAGAAUUUCUGAUAAAUUUCCAACCAACCCUAAGGCGUUGGAGUCCAGGAAUGACAAUGCAGUCACCCCUUUGCCUGUAAUCAAGUGGAAGCCCUUGAUUCACUCUCCUUCUAGAACUCCCGUGAUAGUGGGAUCUGAUGAAUUUGACAAAUGCCUCAGUAAUGACAAAUAUUCUCAUGAAGAAUACAGUAAUGGUGCCCUUUCAGUUUUGCAGUAUCCUUAUGAUAAUGGCUAUUUCUUGCCAUACUAUUCACGAGAGAGGAACAGACGGAGCACUCAGAUCACAGUCCGGUUUUCUGAGAGCAUGAGCUAUAAGAAUAUCCGUAAAAAAGAUCCUGUUCUGCUACUUCACUGGUGGAAAGAAAUUGUUAGCACCAUCAUAUUCUGCAUUGUGGCUACUACAUUUGUUGUUCGCAAACUAUUCCAUCCCAAUGCUUGCUACCGACAGCGAAAGGAGUCAGAAACCCAGUGUCAGACGGACACGAAAUACGAAACUUGCGCUGGACAGGCUAAAGAUAACACCUGGCCUGACAUUAAGAACUCUGGAUAUGUGUCAAGAUAUCUAACAGAUUUUGAACCAAUUCAGUGCUUGGGACGUGGAGGAUUUGGAGUAGUAUUUGAAGCCAGAAACAAAGUUGAUGAUUGUAAUUAUGCUAUUAAAAGAAUACGUUUACCAAACAGGGAUCAGGCUCGUGAGAAAGUGAUGCGUGAAGUUAAGGCCUUGGCAAAACUUGAACAUCCUUGUAUUGUUCGUUAUUUCAAUGCUUGGCUAGAAGCACCGCCUGAGAGCUGGCAAGAAAGAAUGGACAAACAGUGGCUAAAAGAUGAAAGUAUUGACUGGGCAAUCAGUUCUCCGAGUCCAGCGGAAGCACCAUCAUUUAAAAUUAGAACUGAGCCCUUUUCUUCAAAGGAACAGAUUGAAGUGACUACUACACCUGGAGAAAGGAGGACCUUGCUCUCUGUUGGGAUAUCUUGUGGCCAAUCUCAUUCAUCAGAGAGCCAGUUUUUCCCUCUGGAGUCCUCUUCUGUUGAUAACAGAGACUUGAGCCAAAUGGCAGAACCUGUGUCGAACAUUAGGGAUAGCCUUCUCUCCGAUCGUGAUAUAGAAGGUAGCUGUUCCUUUGAACUUUGUCCUCCAGCUAAGCCAGGAGUAAGGAUGAGGGAGAGGACCUCUUCAUCAAUUGUUUUUGAAGACUCUGGCUGUGACAAUGCUUCUAGUAAAAAAGAUAGCCACUCUGGAGAUAAAGGAACAAGCACAAAAGGAUCUAAUAGUAGAAUGUCCUCCUCAGCAAGUCCUUUGUCUGUAUCUCCACCAAGACCGACAACCUUGAGUUUGGACCUCUCUAAGAACUCUGUACCAAAAGCCAUGCCUACCACACCAAAAGUGUACCUUUACAUCCAGAUGCAACUCUGUAGGAAGGAAAACCUCAAAGACUGGAUGAAUGCACGAUGUAUCAUGGAGGAGAGGGAAAGGACAGAAUGCCUGCUGAUAUUCUUACAGAUAGCAGAAGCUGUUCAGUUCUUACAUAGCAAAGGAUUAAUGCAUCGGGACCUUAAGCCUUCCAACAUAUUUUUCACAAUGGAUGAUAUAGUAAAAGUUGGGGAUUUUGGACUAGUGACUGCAAUGGACCAAGAUGAGGAGGAGGAAUCUGUUCUAACACCAAUGCCAGCUUAUGACAGGCACACUGGGCAAGUUGGAACCAAGCUCUACAUGAGCCCAGAACAGGUCCACGGAAAUGUUUACUCACACAAAGUGGAUAUCUUCUCUCUGGGUCUGAUUUUGUUCGAGCUCCUUUAUCCUUUCAGCACGCAAAUGGAGAGAGUCAGGACAUUGAGUGAAGUAAGGCAUUUGACGUUUCCUGAUCUGUUCAUUGAGAAGUAUCCAGAGGAAUAUGCAAUGGUAAAGCACAUGCUCUCUCCAAGUCCCACGGAAAGACCAGAGGCUGCGGAUAUUAUAGAAAACCCUUUAUUUGAAGACUUGGAAUUCCCAGCAAAACCAGUGCUGCGGCAGAGGUCACGGACAAUGAGCUCAUCUGGAUUGAAGCAUUCAAGAUAGCUGAAUAAAAUAAUUUGGCAUAAUUUUGAUGGAUUGAUUUUACUGUGGUCAUUCAACAGGAAGGAUUCAAUGUCAAGCAGCGUCUCUGGAAUAUUCAUAUUCUCAGCUUUAUUAUGUCAUAUUUAUGUAAGCUACCAUUGGAUGGAGCUAAGAAUUUAUGUUUAAUGUUCUCUAAUCUCUUGAAACUCAUGACUUUCACUUCAUAAUGUGGUAUAUUUUAAAUUCUGAUACACUGUCUAGUAUGUGAACUUUGUACAUAUUCUAGGAAAUUUUGAAAAGAAUGCCUAUUAUGUAAAUAAAAUAAAAUUCUGUAUUUUUAUAGAACCAGUUGGUCUCUAAUCUUGACAUAUAGCCUUGAUUACAUUAAAGUAAGACAUGAAAGCUAUCUUAAAGCAAACGUACAAUUUUGUCCCUGGAGGAUAACAUGCACAAUGGAAAUAGUUUUACUGUGAUUAGCCAGUUUUUAGACCAGUUGUGAUUUGUUUCUGCUCAGUAGAGAUUGCAGAAAAUGGUUUAGAUGAGGAUGAUAAAGAUUUGACGAGCUUGAAUUGCCACAGUAACAAAUAAAGCAUUUAUUCAUUUUUUUUGUAAUUCCUAGAACAUUUUGUCCAAUGUUACCUUGCAAGAAUGUCGUAAUCAGGUCUUAAUACAUUCCCGAAAUGAGAUGAUUGUGCUGGAUAAACACCUCCUUCUCACUGUAAAUAUGUUAAUUUUUAUUUAUAAAAUGGCAAAUCAAUCCUUUUGGGGUUGGUGGUGUACAGUAUGCACUUGGAACAAUUUGUUAGGUGCAUUUAAUUACUGUGACUUCUUUCAAGUCUGAUUUAAUAAAAUCUUUUUUAUUUA